AUGCCAAAACCGGACCUAGUCUGCCUAGUUCAGCUGCUGGACGGCACUAUCGAGACCUUCAGAGUCAGCGUGCGUGAUACUCUCACACACACACACACACACACUCAAACACACACACAGCUUCCUGUUUGUGUACCAUAUCAUAUGUUGCUCCUAUCAGUCUGUUUGCUCUGCUAAUGAUUGCCGUGUCACUGUAUGAUGUAGCGACGACUAUUCCGCCUCCUUUUCAUUGAUCCACAUAUCUUAUUGAACACCGUGACCUUGAGUCAGAGGAACAUGCUCACCUCCUUGACAGAGCUUGUUAUACUUCGUAUAGGAGCAUUUCUACAACAUCAGCACAACAACCCAUUCAGAGCCUGACAGCAGUAUAAACUCACACACACACACUGACAGGCAGACACACACAUGCAGAAAGGCAAUCACAAUAUUGCUCUCUAAGAUAGCAGCUAUGCAGCAUCUUUAUGUGAACAGUGAGAGAGCAGGGAGAGCUCUCUGGUGGUAAUGUGCAGAAAGGCUCUAAUAAUAAACUUCACGACUUUCGUUUUUAUAGCUGCUGUGUUCCUCAUCUGUAGACUAAGGUUUAUUGUUUUCUCUGUUCUAUUGAAAGUGAUUUGUACCUGGAAUUUGUGUCAACUGUAAGAACACACUGUUCACCACAGUUUACAGUAAAUAUUACCCUCUUUUGAUGUGAUUAUGCUUCCUGGAAGAGAGAGUGGGGAGAGAAAUAGGGGACAUUAUGAGUAAGCUGUGGGUUAUCCCCAAGAGUCAUUAAUUAAACAAUGAAUAGUUAAACCCCAGAGUGUGGUUCAGCAGAUGGUCUUUUAAAAAUAAUUUUUAUUAAUAUAUUUAUUAAUGACUAUUUUUUUUCCCAAAUUAUUACUCCUUCAUUCCAAGUAUAAUCACAGGGAAACCCACAGAUAAAAAAAAUACAAUUUGAUUCAGUGUGAUUAGAUGGGAAUAAUACACGAUGAUGCGUAUGUCACGUAAAGUUUUGGCUGAUGUUAAUGUUUUCUGUUGUUUCUAUUGUUCAGAAGCAGGAUGAAGGUGUGGUUUUGUUGGACCAAGUAUGUGACCACCUGGGCCUGCAGGAGAGGCAGCUUUUCAGUCUGCAGAUCAGAGAAUCCAGCAUUGCCAUCACCUCGAUCACAGCCAACACACACUCUCCUGUGAGCUCGCCGUUUAUCUGCUGCACAUUUGGGCUGAGAUUGUAAUGUAUUGCACUCACUGAUUGCUGUUUGGAUGAUGAUAACCUCUGGGUACGCUUGCAUAAAUGUUUUUUUUCUUCCCCAAGUUAGCAUUUACACUUAAUUAAUAUCACUCUCUCCCUCUCUGUCAGAGAUGGUUGGAGCCGGAGAAACCCUUGAAGAAGCAGAUAAAAGGUAUCCUCCUGUGAAUUCACUGUCAUUACCUAGAAUCGCCUGACAAAUACAUUUAUAUUUUUUGUUUUCAACAUAUUUUUUCAAUAAUAAAGAGGAGUUGCUGUAGAGAAAGGGAUGACUAAGGUGAACUCUCAACCAUAGAUCUAUAUAAUUUCUGACAAGAUGACAUUUCUUUGCAGGUCUGGCUUCUCCCUUUUAUCUGAACUUCAGAGUGCGGUUCUUCAUCUCUGAUCCCAACUCUCUGCAGCAAGAACAGACAAGGUGAGAAUACAUGCUUGGCUGUUAUUUGAGUUUUUUUAUCAGCAGUUUAUCAUCAGAUAUUGAUCUGAAGAAAUUGUCUCUAAAGGUCCUUUCUGCUCAUCUACUUUGGAGAAAAUUAAGGGCUUAGUGGUCUUCGUCUUACUCGUUUUUAGCGGGUUUUUUUGCCAGCCAUCGUUGUUUUGACAACUCUCAAGUCAGCUUGAGUAUUAAAUUCAUAAAGGUAAAGCUCUGAUUAGAGGCCAAAUAAGGCAAGGUGUCUGAAGCAAUGCCAGAGGGCAGUAAUUAGCCUCUGCUGUACAUUAAGCUACAUGCUUUUAUGCUUACCAAGACAGUCUUCAUAGGCAGGUACUAAAUAGGUGUAUUUUCUAGCCUAUUCCUAUUUAUACUUCAGAAUGGUGAUGUGCUUACAUUUACCAAAUAGCUCUUCAUACAGAAAGAAAGUGGGACUGAUGUUUUUCAGGUUUGUUGUCCUAAACUACAUUAUCAGAAAGAACAUUUAAUGGACCUGAUUUGACUGGAUAAUAGAGCAGUAUUGUCAGGGGAUCACAGAAGUUGUUACAGUUAUUUAUAAAAAUGUACUGGGAGGUGAACAUCAGAUUUCUUGAUAGACCAUCUUGAUGUUGCGACAUCUAACAGGGCUACAGGCAGGAAGUCACACAGCAAGCAUGAAGCAUAAAUGUAUGAUGACAUUGCAGAGGCAGUCCUUAUGACAGAUGUAGUAACCACUUUAAAACAGGUUCAAAGUUGUAAAAUAGAUGACUAACAUACCAACAUUACAAGCUCGCUACCUUUGCCAAAAACAGCAGGAUGUUUAGACAGGUUCCUGCUGGAAACAAACAAUACAGGUGAGAGUUGAAGAAAGUUGGAAACAGCCUUGAACGUGUUAAUCUCCAUGAGCUUCUCAGUUGAACCCUUUGCAUAGCUUCCACAUUGUGCUGCCCACUGAGCAAGUGCACAACAUUCCCUUUCCCUUACUUUCCCUAUGUGAGUGGGUGUGGAAAAAUCUUUUGGAGCAAUGAAGAACCUUAAAGUUGUAAAUACUUGGUUUGGUGACACUGUAUGAUUUAUUUGAUGCCCAAAGACCUCCUCAGGGUUUGACUUGAGUUUGUAAGGUUGUUCUUUGGUUUUUCCCCAUAGGCAUCUCUACUUCCUACAGAUCAGGAGUGACAUCAGAGAGGGGCGGUUAGUGCAACACAAACAUAAUCUCUGCCACCCUAUUUGCUCGCCUUUCAUGUUUGCGCUUAGCUGUGUCUACAUACGUAUAAUCAUGGAGUCUGAUUGCAGGUUGCAGUGCCCGAUGAGUGCAGCUGUAGUGUUGGCCUCUUAUGCUGUGCAAUGUAAGUCCCAACUCUUAAAAAAGAAACAAACGAUUAAUGACUUAAAAUAACCCUCUGAGUAAUUAUCCCUGAUGAGGAUGCUCCCAGCAAGCUGUAGAUGCCGAUGUGUGCAUGCUAAGUGUCUCUGUUAAUCAUCUGCAGCUGAGAUGGGAGAUCACUGUCCAUCCCACCAUCCUGGUUACCUCUCAAAGAGCCACUUCAUUCCUGAGCAGGAUGAAGACUUCCUGUCCAAAGUGGAGAACCUGCAUCCACAGCACAAGUAACUCAGACAGUCCAUUGCAUUUAGCUUUGUUGUGUGUCCACUUGCUUUUGUCAUAUGUGUGACUGUGUGUGCUCUCAGGGGGCUGAAGCAGAGUGAGGCAGAGCUGUGUUUUCUGAAUACAGCACGGACACUGGAGUUGUAUGGAGUGGAGCUGCAUGCGGCCAUGGUAUUCCCUCAAUUAAACUUUCGUGUAAUACUGCAUCUUCUGGUUUAACUACUAUGCAUGACUUUUUUUUGCCUCAUUUUAAUUUCUCACAGGACUCAAACAACGCCCCACUGAUGGUGGGUUUGGCCUCCAGCGGUGUAGCAGUUUUCUGCAAUAUGAUUUGCUCCAGUUUCUUCCCCUGGUGAGCGAUGUGAUGAUGGUGCUACUAAUUGCAUCUUAGAUGCUUGUUUCCUGUAUUUUCUGAAGCCUUUAACCAGCUGCAAUCUUCCCCUGCAGGGGAAACAUCAUCAAGAUUUCUUUUAAGAGGAAACGCUUUGUUAUACACCUGAAACGUAAACAUGUGAGUCCUUUAACCAUUUGUCCGUCUCUAAAGUUAAGAUUUCCUCUGAAAAAGUAACGUUGCUGAAUUAUCCACACACACAUUUUUGAUUGCUUUUUAAUGAGCUCUGUGUAUUCAUAGCUAAUAUUGGAGUUGGUCUGAAGACUCAAUCGUUUUUGAGGGAACAUUUCACAAAUACAUAGUUCAUAGUUCAUUGAUGUGAAUAUGGAACUGAUUAAAUAUGCAUCAGCAGACAUUUGGGAUAAAAGAUGCAAUAAAUCAUUCAAGAUAUGGGAUGAUGCAGUUUCUUACCGCCCUUUAUUGCUGAAAUUGUGUAACAGGGAUUUUACUGUGAAUAAUGCAUGUAAUAGUUUAUAUAACAUCACAAAAACUUACCUUCACUGUACAUUUGUAGGGGGAGACACAGGAUUGUGAGGUGUCCAUGCUUCUGCCUUGUCCAAAGACCUGCAAGAACCUUUGGAGGUCCUCUGUGGAUCAUCACUCCUUUUUCUGCUCCAACCGAGCUGUUAGAAGUCCUAAACACAACAACAGCGCAGUUCAGACCUACAGAAAGCUGAUUACGCAACAUUUAGGUCUUGGAAACAGUAAAAAUGAGAGGUGAGGCCCUACUUGAGCAAUAUGUAAUACCAUUUACAAUUUUUCUCACAUGAACUUACUUUAAAUCUCUAAUGGUAGUGGUCCAGUGUGCCACCGUGUGGUUGGUGGGAUGGUGUGGAACCCAGUCUUGCGGAGGUCAAUUUCAUCAGAUCAUCUGGAGACCAAAAGCCUGCCUUCAAGAUCUCCCCCAUCUACCCCGAUCUGGUAUGAACCGCAGGAUCAAGCCUGACUAUGAGCUGUAGAUACUUAAGUUCCUCUCUGUUUUUCAUUUCCAGUGUUUUCAUUUCUCCAUGUCAUUAAAGCUUACACUCACGAUUUGAACCAAAUUAACCGGGCUGCUUGUUUGUUUCUCUUGGCAGGCGGAGUCCCCGAGUUCGUCAUGGCAUCCGAAAGCCCCGCCCAUCCUCGGUUGAAUUGGCCAAUGACUUGAAAGACAUGUCAGAGGGGGAGGACGUCUUUUACACAUACAGGGCGUCUGUAAGCAGCAGCAAGGACAGUGAAGGAGACUGUUCACCCCAUGAGUUAGUAUCAGCUGAAGAAGAAACACUCUCAGUCUCUUUGUCAUUUCAGUGGGCUUAGAUGGCAUCGUGCUUUGUAGGGAAAAAUCUUAAAACAUUGCACACCAGACACUAGAUAUGAUGCAUUUGUAUUAACGUCUAUUAGCAUUUAAGAGGUGGUAGUUUUAUAAAGGCAGGACUAUGCAAGUUUACUCAUCAGGCACAUUUCUGCUAUUAGGCAAUUUUAAGUGUAAUACAAAACAUAUCAAAACAUCAUAACGAAGAGCAAAAGAAACACAUAGAAAUGGGGGGUUUAACAAUUAUAAAAAAAAAAAACAUUAAACACAGCUGAAAUGUAUACCACAGAGACUGAAUGAAAAUUAGCUGGUGGCUGAAUGUUUUCUGAAGUACCUGUCCUCUUCUUUUGUAGAUUAUUUAGUUCAUAGAUCCAUACAAAAAAAAACAUGAUUUCAAUUUUAGACUCUGACUUAGCUCAGAGGCUCAGUGUUCAACUUUCCACCUUGACCACCAUCCACUGUCUUAUCCAAUAGAGUGAAAAUGCAAAAACAUUUUUUUUAAAAAGAGAAAAAUAAUCCAUUAAAAAAGGUUAGAGCUAUGAUGUUUAGUGAUGAAAGUCAUUUGCUGAUCUAUAAAUGAGAACAAGAGUAACCAUUUGAACUUCUUUUCACCUCUUUGGCACUUACAGACACAACGUAGACGAAGUAAUGAUGCAAACUGAUGACAGCAUAGGAGAGGAGGAUGGUGACCACAGCUUACAAAACUACAAAAAGGUUUGUUUUUAUCCCUCAUCAUUAACUCCUCAUAAUUAUGAGUUCUAUUUUCUUCAAUGUGUGCAGAUGUGGGUCCACUAUGAGCUUUUGUUGUCCACACAGGGUACCCCUGGUGAUGGUGACUUGAUGCUGAUCUGUCUUACCCCUGACCACGAGGGCAAGUUUGGCUUCAAUGUAAAAGUGUGUCUCUCUUCCACCCUUUUUCUUUUUAACCUUCACCACAUUAGGCCAAAUGCCUCUUAUAUAUAUAUAUCAUGUUUGUGUUUUCACUCCACCUCCACUCUUGGUCCAUUUAAUUUCCCAACUCCUGCAGGGCGGGGUGGAUCAGAAGAUGCCUCUAGCCAUAUCUCAUGUUAAACCUGACUCUCCGGUAAGAACAGACUCAUAAGUGUUUGCGGUGUGACCGUCUGGUGUUUCCAGGUUGUGUCAUAAUAACAUAAUGAGGAAAUUGAAGCACAGUAGUCAUGGAGGGUGAAACAUUUAGUAGAAUAAACUUGCCUGAAUUAGGUUGAGGAAAGAAAGUCAGCUGGAUCUAAGUUUUUUAGUGGAUGUUGUUUUUUUUACAUGAAUGAAUAAUCAGAAGAAAACACUUUUGAUAUCAGCUUUUGUUGUUUGUAGGCGGGUCGAUGUGAACCCAGACUCCUGGAGGGAGACCUGGUGGUGCUUAUUAAUGGUCGGGACAUUUCUGAACACACACAUGACCAGGUCGUCAUGUUCAUACGCGCCAGCAGAGAGUCACACUCCAGAGAGCUCGCUUUGCUUAUCAGACGUAAAGGUGUGUGUGUCUGUGUGUGUGUGUGUGUGUAUUUGUGCUGAAGAUGCAUGUGAUUCAAGAGUGCUCACUGUCUUGUCAAGUUUUCAAUGAAUAUUUAUCACAUCCUUGAACUGUCCUUGUAUUCCAGGCCCUGGUCGGGCGGCACCCCUGCUGCAGUUGCCUCCCACACUCACGCUAACCGGCAUAUCACAGGGAGACAAGUCCCCGUCAUCCACCCAGUCAGAGCGAGUCACAACACUGGAGGAUUCCAUGAGGCAGCUGGAGAGAGGAAUACAGUCAGGCACACUGUGUUUCCACUUUGAGGUAUUUAAGAUGCAGGUGGGAGCUAAGCAGUGAAACGCUUCAAUGCAAAGAAAAUUCAUCUGUAUUUUUAAAAGCAGGGUUUUGUUUACCAUUGGAUUACUUGCAUGAAUCAAAACUAGCCUUCAAAGUUCUGAUACUGGGACAGAUGUUGGCCUUAAUCUCCACCUGACAUCCUGUGAGGGAGAUGCUGUGAUCAGACAGGAUUUCUGUUCAUGUGUGUUUGUGUGUGUUUACCUGCAUGUGUGUGUGUGUGUGUGUGUGUCUCUGCAUGUAAUUUUAUAGAAUUUAUACCGGAGGAAGCCUGGUCUGACUCUAAGCUGUGCUCGGCUCCCUGAAAACAUGGACAAGAAUCGUUAUAAGGAUGUUUUACCUUGUAAGUGCUUCUUAUUCUGACCACUUCUAUGCCUGUGCCCUGCCUGCUCCCGCCUCCACUCUCAGCUCUGUGCUACCUUUCUAACCUUGAUGUGGAGCUCGCUGCUGUGGCAUCUCAUGAAAUUUAAUUGGCGGACCCCGUGGUUCUGUUAUGACCCUCACACAUACUGACGUCCUGCUCUCCUUUCAGACGAUGCCACCAGAGUGGUGCUGAAGGGCCAGGAGGACUACAUAAACGCCAGCCACAUCACGGUGUGCAUCACUGGCACAAAACUGUCUGUGUAACUCAUCCCUGUCUCACAUAUUGAUGUAAACUCAUCCUCUUUGUGUUGGGAUGUGUGUGUUUGUGUGUGUGUUUGUCUCUUAGGUGGCGCCUCCAGUGUCUGGUGUAUGUUUACGUUAUGUUGCUGCUCAGGGUCCGUUGCCACAGACCUGCACUCACUUUUGGCAAACUGUAUGGGAGCAGCAGACACACACCAUCAUCAUGCUAACAACUCUGACAGAGAGGGGACGGGUAUACAUACUUUAACAUGUUGAUACUUUGACAGGAAGGAGAUAUCAACAGGAGAGACACUUGAAAUGAAACAGCUCAAUCUCAGCAGUGUUAUCAUAAUGAUUACUGUGCACAUCAUUACAUGCUGCUUCUUGUUAUCUGGUGCAUUAUUACCGUAAUAAGGAGGCUCUGUGGUGAUGUUUGGACACAAUAAUAAUAAACGUACACAGUUGUGAGUAAUUACAGGGCUUCACAGAGAAAGGAAAGCUUAAUAUGAAGUGUGAGCAGGAUGCCUGUGAGAUAAAUCAUCGGAGGGUGAAAACAGAUACAAAGACGCAGCGAGACAUCAAGGUCUUGUUGAACGAAUAUGUCUCCGUCUCUGUUGCUUGGUUACCAGAUGCUUCCAUUAAUUGAUCAUUUUCCUGACGGUAGUCCUUGAGUUCAUCUCUACUUCAGGAUCAUGUGCACACACACACACACACUAUGAAAACAGUUCACGUUCUGCUCCUGAUGAAGAUCUCUUGUUCAGGGCUCGAACACACUGUGCUGCUGAACUUGAGUUGAUUUCAUGAGAGUUGAGCUCAGCUAGCGCAGCAGAGGCAGUAAAUUGUUUCCUGACUGAUGACUCACAUCACAUGUAAUGUAAUUUGUUGCUGAUGUCAUACGCUUGCAGACCAAGUGCCACCAGUACUGGCCGCAUCCGCCUGAAGUGAAGGAUUAUGGGCACAUGCGGGUGAAGUGUCACUCAGAGGAGUGUAACCUGGCGUACGUGACAAGACAGUUCACUCUGACACACACACAGGUACAUCAGAAAACACAUCCUCCUAUGUCAUGUGAAUGGAUAACAGAAAAUAUGUUGCUUUUCUUUAAUACUUGAAUCAUUUUACAGAAUUUACAGAAGGAUUUGGGGAUUUUGGUAAGACUUAAAAAAAGCCAUUUGACAUCCCUUUUGGCUCUGUUUUCAGUUCUUAUGUUGGCCAACUUAUUUUGGGACUAGAGGAAAUAGCUGGCAGAUCAUUUGACUCUGAAAAAAAAUUGGUCCUAAGAUGGAAAGUUUUUCACAACAAAUAUGAGGAAGUCCUGUGCGUGGCCUCACAGCACAGAGCAUUUCUGUUUGUAUGUUCGAGUGUCAUGUGCCUUGUUCCUGCCAUAUGUCACGUAACAGAUCUCACCACAGGCAGUGACCAAUCUUCAGCCAACAUACGGUCACUUCCCUGUGGAUGGUUAGGUGUGUGGGAGGUUGUGAGAAUUAGUGUGUACUAACAGAUUCCUCAGGCUCACCUCUAAGAAGGUGCGUGUGAGAAAAUGAGGUUUUAUGUGAUGCUGGUUUUACUGAGUUGACCCAAAGUCUGUAAUGAUUAAGAAGCAGCUGUUAAUUAUGAUUGCAGACAGGUAAACAAACAUCUCAUGCUUAAGGAGGCAUUAAGUCAGAAUGCACACACAUGCAUACACAGUUACUGCUGUGUGGGCCCAUCUGUUCCUCUGGCAGAGCGAGUUAAUCCCUGCAUGGAGUCAUGGACCACAUGACCAGUAUAAACUAAAAACUCAGCCGUUCUCCUCCCUGCCUUCACUUUUUUUUUGACUCAUGUCCAUCCUCUCUACUUUGCACCUGUUUCUCUUUUUUUCAUCUCUCCGUGUCCCUCCUUACAUCCUAAUCUCUGUGUCACCUGCUGGUCACGUGCGUUUUUGUUCUGCUCACCUGCUCAGUUAUUCAGCUCUGUGUUUGUUGUACGGCACACUGAAUGAUGCCUGUGUUUAAACCUGCAGCACUGUAUGUAGUGGAGUCUCAGGUUUGUUAUUCUAAAUACAGGUUAUGCAGUGCUAUAAAUCUCUCUGAUUGUCUGCCUUUUGUGCAUGUGUGUGUGUUUUUAGAGGGGAGAGGAGCGUGCAGUCACACACCUGCAAUAUGUCGCGUGGCCAGACCAUGGCGUACCUGAUGACCCAUCGGACUUCCUGCUGUUCAUCAGCUCGGUGAGAGAGAGGAGGAAAGGUGAAGAGCCUUUAAUGGUACACUGCAGGUAACACACAUGACUCACUCACCCACUCUCUCUCCUUCUAAUUAAGCAUUGCCAUCAUUUCCUCUACUUUUCUUUAUUCUUAAUCUUAUAUAAAAUUAUUUUUUUUUAGUGCUGGGAUUGGACGCACAGGUGUUUUGAUCACCAUGGAAACGGCACUGACUCUGUUGGACCAGGGUCAGCCGGUGUUCCCACUGGACAUUGUCAAAAAACUACGAGACCAGCGAGCCAUGAUGGUUCAGACAACGGUACAGAGACAGAAAACGAUUUAUGAAAAUACUUCCUGUCGCUGUUGUUUACUUGAGUAGCGUCCUGCGGUGCUACCACACAGAUUCCAGCCCUACCCAGUGGCAUUGUGUUUCCAGAUUUUAGUCUCUAACCUGUUUCAAACAUGCCUGCGUCUCACUCUUUGAAGGUGUUUUCCGUGGAAGGCCUGGAGGACAUGUCUCCAAAACUAAGGCAUACUUUCUCUCGGUUUUGUGAAAAACGGAACAAUGUUUUUUUCAUGAGUGAAUUAGAUCAUAAUUUCACACUUGUGUCUAAUUAGAUGAUGUGUUGACAAUUUUUGACCCCAAACCUAAUGUUUAAUUCAAUUUUGUCAUCCUUAAUUUCAGGAAAUCUGUCUGUUAUCCUCGUCUCAUUCUUUUGAGUAUCUUCUAAUUUUGCACAAAUAGUUUCAUGUAGACUCAAGGGUGAACUGGUUAGAUUUUGGUGGCUAAAGGUCAGAGUAGCUUUAACAUCAUGACUGACCAUUCCUGUGAAAGUGGUUAUCUAUUCAGCCCUGAAAUACUUGUUUUUCUGCUGUUGAAAACAAUGUCAUGUGUUUUACAGAGAAACAAUGAGUGACAGGGUCAUCUUUGUCAUGUUUCUCCUGUGUAUUCUAGACUUUGGUGCAACCUCUGCUGAUUGUAUGUAGGCCUCUUUAAUAUACAACCCUGGUCAUAGCCACAGUAACCUAGUUUUGCUGUGGGGAACACUGAUAGAUGAAAACAUGGAAAUAUGACUAGUUGGUGGGCACAUGCAUUCACAAAGCAGAUAUAUUGACUAGUGAUGCACGAUAUGAAAAAUUUCAACCGAUACCGAUGACCGAUAAUUUUCUUCUUCUCAUGGCCGAUACCGAUACCGAUAACCGAUAAAUUCAUAUUUUUACAUUUAUUAUAAUCUUCAUAUAAUCUGCAGUUUGUGCAGGAUGCAGUGAUUGAAAACUGAUAUUUUUGUUGCUCUGGCCUAUCUAGAACAACAAACAAAAGUUUUUGGCUCUUCAAAUGUGGUCAUUUGCUAUAAAUAACAAUAACAAAGCAAAAAGCAGAACUUCAUUUGAUCCCCUGAACUGGUCAACAGAACUGUAAACUGUAAAGGAGCCAUUAUGAGCCGUUAGGCUUAGCAUGCUGACCGGAGUAACAUCUGACGUCCAUAUGUCUGUGGUAAAACUCACGUGUAGUCCGUUCUUGUCGAUCAGGUUGUGAAUGUAUGUGGCGACAAUAUCAUAGAGUGCAGGAAGAGACACAUCCGAGAAGAAGAGAGUGGGAGAGUGUAACGUGGCUCCAAGUGUGCUAUUAACUUACGAAAACCCGGGUUCUCAACGACGGAAAAAGGCUGGUCGUCGACCGCUAUGAACUCCAUCACUUUGUCGUUAAUGGCUUUAGCCUUUUCGCUGUCUCUUGAGAAGCUUUUGCCGUUUUUAAACGCCUGCUGAAUGGGGACAUCGAUCCUCCGUAGUGUUGUUGUCUUAGCUUUAGUACCGCUAGCAGCUUCGGCGGCUGUCUCAUAUUCUUUUAAUACCGCUCCGCCGCGAUGGCGACUUUUCAGAUGAGCUAUCAGAUUCGUUGUGUUAAAACUUGACGUCUUCUUUCCUCCUCUCGGAAUCCUCGCUGAACAGGUUUUGCAUAUAGCAAUGCUGUUGUCAUCUUCUGCCACUGAGAGAAACGACCAUGCUGGUGAAGACAUUUUAUUAUCUGUCAGGUAGUGACGGGGUCAGGCUUGGGACCUGCGAGUAAGGCGCUAUAGACGUCGUAACCAGCGCGUCUCGGACGGGCGGCUACUCCGCCUGCAAACGUUACUCGUAAUUUCAUUAAUAUAUCGGAUCUUUCUAUCGGAAAAAUGCACCUAUCGGACCGAUAAAAAAUGACGUAAUUUCCCCCCAAAUCGGCCGAUAUUUUAUCGGUCCGAUAAAUAUCGUGCAUCCCUAAUAUUGACUAUAUAUUUAUACUGUUUUGCCUUGUGAAAUGCAGAUUUGUUUAAUGAGAAAAAUGUGGCGGAAUUGAACAUGCAUACGGCUGAGUCACUUUUGGUCAUGUAUUUAUGCUAAAUGUCUUUUCUCGGUCAGUUACAACUGUCAGAAUUCACAUGUUUUCGGUAGCGUUGGUUUGUUUGUUUGUCUGUUAGCAACUUUACGGAGAAAGUUACAGACGGAUUGACCUGAAAUUUUCACCAGAGGUGCGUCUCAGUCCCAGGAUUAAAUACAUUAAAUUUUGGUGGUGAUCCGGACAAAAUUCUGGAUACUGUGAUCCAGAACACACAAAAAUAAGGGUGUCAUUGGAAUUUUCAGUGCUGGAAGAUAACCAAUUGGCGGCACAGUAGUGUAGUGGUUAGCACUUUUGCCUCACAACCAGAAGGUUCUGGGUUCGAAUCCUGGUCAGGGCAUUUCUUGUUUAAGGGGGGACAUGAGCUGCUUGGUGGAGGUCUGCGCUUCAGGUAAAUAUGGUCAAAGUGAGGUAAUCAGUCUUGAGAUAGGAGUUUUUCUAAAAAUCCCAUGUUGACAAACAAAGUCAAGAAGUUCUGUUUCGGAGGCCAGUACGACACUUUUUUAAUUAAGAUGAUCCUCUCAGACCUUUGUUAGUUAGUUACUUCUGCAAAAUAACACUAGCGGUUGAUGUGCUCAAAGAGGAAAGUUGAGGUCUUGAAGCUGCGCUCUGCAGCCUCUCAGUGAUAUCUGCCAAGUCAGAGGAAAGGGUCAUCCAUUGCUCUGAUAGAAGUUGUCUCAGAGAACAUGGCAGCCCUCCAGUGCAGCCUGCCUCUACCACCACUAUCACCCUUAUUUUGAAAAGGGAUCCUGUCUUCUUCUCUCUGAUGUUUUGUGCUGAUGGAAAGCUUCCUCGGGUUUCCAUUGCGUGUUUGUGUCACUUGAGAGGAAUGGAAAACAGGCACACUUGGAGGGCAAACCUUUCCUGUGUCUCAUAACGAACCUGGCAUUAUUUUGUGUUUUCAUUGUCAUCGUCAGAUUCCUUUAAAAGAAAAGAAAAAGAAGCCAGAACUGUGUUGGUCCAUAUCCAACAUCAUUUUUGUGAGUCAAUCUGCCAGGCUCCCUUGGUAGCUGUUUCAAAGCCUGUGAUCAUUUGACAUUUUCUCCCCCGGCAGAUGGAAUUUCCCAGUUGCCUUGUCUAAUAUAUGUUGUUUAUUUAGACAAAAGUUGAUUCAGAUGAUUUUUGGAGCACAGAUUUUAUUAUCCAACCUUUUGCCCUUUGAGUUUUCCAGGGUUAGCGACUUAUAAAGCAACUGCAUGCAAAAACUUACAAUGAGAUUGUAACAUGCUACCCAUUAGUAUGCCAGCAGGCUAACUUUAGUGUUUGGCUUUAGUGCCUUUUUUGGUGUUUACUUCCCAGUUGCUGAUUCUAUUUACUGUAAAUAUCUUCCCCUUUUUCAAAUUGAGUUCUAUUAUAAGCUCGGCACAUCAUGUUUUAAUGCUUUCACUGACCAUAUCUCUGAGAAGCUGAUGUGUAAAUGUGAUUUGUGUAAAAAUGUAUUAAACAACGUUUAGCACACAAACAUGCCAAACUAAUGAGGUGAACAUCAAACCUGCUAAACACCAGCAUGUUAGCGUUCACAUUGUGAGCAUGUUGAAUGUAGCGUAGCUCAAAGGGUCAUUCGACACAAAGACAUAAAUACCUUUGCGAAGAGCUUCUGGCAUGGUUGAAGACUAAACGGGCAGACAUUGAAGAGUAUUGUUGUAAAUGCAGCAGAAAAUGUGGAAUUACAGGAGACUUCAAGUCUUACAGUUUUUGCAUUGUGUGUUCUACUCACUACAGGAACAUAGUGUGGUUGGAGUUAACUUAAAUAAACAACUUUUGGCUUGUUCUAUAAGAUGAAGAAACACCAAUGCAAAUAUGCUGCUUGUUGCUGAGUUCAUGUCGCUUUUGUAUAGAUAAAGCUCUGAUACAGAAGACGCCAUACUUUACAUUUGCUGUCAUGGAAGGCUUUUAUCAAGAUUGAUUUUUUUGUUGAGUUCUUCGAUGAGACUAGGAUUAAAAGUCAAAGUGUUACUUUAGAUUUUGUCUGGCAUUACUGUUUUAAAAACAGCAAUGUUAUCCAUGAACUAAUCAUGUUUUUCUAACAUGCGUUUCAGUGUCAGUUCCAGUUUGUGUGCGAGGCCAUUGUACGAGUCUACAAAGAGAAACAGGGAGGAUCAACAGCACCGUAA